UGUUUUUGAAGAAUCUAACCUUAAUUUAAUUCAAAUAUUUUUUAUGAACUUCUUAUUCUCAUAAGUUUAAUGUUUUUAUUGUUCCCACUAGUAAUAUUAUGUCAAAUACAGAAUACAUCUAAAAAAUUACCAAUUAUAUCAUGAGAUUUUUCUUUAAAGCUUUAGGAAAUUAGUACCAGCAUUUUACAUUGGUCAACAGCAAAGUAAACAUUACUGCUCAGCCCCAACACAUGCAGAUUGCCUAUACCAGGGAUCCUGUCAAAACAUACACCAUUCAUAGCUUCUUAAGUGCAGUUAUCACAGAGCACAGUCCCUGACAUCACACAGCUGCAGACAUGAAUAAACAAAGAGGAACCUUCUCAGAAGUGAGUCUGGCCCAGGAUCCAAAGAAGCAGCAGAGGAAACCUAAAGGCAAUAAAAGCUCCAUUUCAGGAACCGAACAGGAAAUAUUCCAAGUAGAAUUAAACCUUCAAAAUUCUUCUCUGAAUCAUCAAGGGAUUGAUCAAAUAUGUGGCUGCCAAGGUUUACUGCCUCCUCCAGGGAAGCUCACUGCUGAGGUCCUGGGAAUCAUUUGCAUUGUCCUGAUGGCCACUGUGUUAAAAACAAUAGUUCUUAUUCCUCUCCUGGAGCAGAACAAUUCUUCCCCAAAUACAAGAACCCAGAAAGCACGUCAUUGUGGACAUUGUCCUGAGGAGUGGAUUACAUAUUCCAACAGUUGUUAUUACAUUGGCAAGGAAAAAAGAACUUGGGCAGAGAGUGUGCAGGCCUGUGCUUCGAAGAACUCUAGUCUGCUUUCUAUAGAUAAUGAAGAAGAAAUGAAAUUUCUGACUGCCAUUUUGCCCUCCUCAUGGAUUGGUGUGUUUCGUAACAGCAGUCAUCAUCCAUGGGUGACAAUCAACAGUCUGACUUUCAAACAUGAGUAAGUUGUUUUGUACGGUGCUAUAUAAAUACAUACAUAUAUAAAGGAUAAAUUCAGAAGAAUAAUAUGAAUGAAUGUGUGUGGAAUCAUUGACAUGAAGAAAGAUGUGGAAAGUUAGUGAAAUGUUGACAUAAAUAUUUUACAAUAGACCAUAGUAGUCCCUAUAUGUCAACUGCUCCUCGGUCAGCUAGUAACCCUCUUGGUUAUGAGAUGGACCAGGGGCGUCCAAUCUUUGGCUUCUGUGGGCCACAUUGGAAGAACAAUAGUCUUGGGCCGCACAUAAAAUACACUAACACUAACGAUAGCUGAUGAGCUAAAAAAAAAAAAAAAAAAAAAAAAA